CCUUCACUCUAUCUCUCAUUUCACUCGACUCUCGACUCUCGAAUAUCGCGCGGCUGUUCAGUGCGCACACAUUAACAUUAUCUUUACAGGAGUGCUUAUCAGUGUGCGUGCAUCGCCGCGCCGGAGAAAUAUAGAUGGAACGGGUAGCAGCGGCGGUGGCAACGGCGGCAGUAGUCCCUUCGCGCACACAUACGUGUCAGCUGCAGCAGUGAGAGCUGGCGAGACGCAGGCGCGGCGUGUGCGCUUUCUGGCCACAGAAGUUGUUGUAACAACGUUAGCAAGAAGGAGCGAUAACAACGUACGUUGACGUCGGCGGCCUCGUCUGGGCCACCAAGCUUGCGAACACUACCGUGUACUAGUUGGUUUUCCGUUAGUGUUUCAAGCCAGUUGAUCGUUUUGACGAGGAUGGAGAUGAGCGGCCAAGCGCUGGUAACACUUGGACUAGCCCGGAUCAGCAGGUGCUGAUAACGGUACGCUGUUGAAGCUCGGCUGGUUGGCUCGGCUCGCGGCAUGCCAAGAUGUUCCGCUCCAAGAUCCGCAUCCACACGUGCCAGGUGAUUCUACUCACCUCGCUAGUAUGGUUCCUCGUGGACGUGAUGGUGCUGAUGUUCUACUCGGACUGCAUCAACGGCUCCGGGUGGAACUGCCAGCCUACUGACAAACCGAGCGUCGGUCAGCAACAGCAGCAGCAGCAGCAGCAGCAGCAGCAGCAGGAGGAACCAUUGGCGAGCUUCGAUCGACACAGCGAAGUGGCGCACCAGGGAGCUCUCGUCAAGGAUGACAGCAACGACGUCGACGCCGGCGCGAAGACUUACGCGCCGACUCAAUUGAAAUUAUGGAGACCCGCGAGAAUGGUGAAGGAGAACAAGGGCAGUCCCGGCGAGAUGGGCAAAGCCGUGCACAUCCCAACCGAGCAGGAGGCGAUGCAGCAAGAGCUGUUCAAGCUCAAUCAGUUCAACCUGAUGGCCAGCGACAUGAUAUCGCUGAAUCGCUCGCUCAAGGACGUGCGGCUCAGUGGCUGCAAAAGCAAGAAGCACCCGAAGAUGCUGCCCGAUACCAGCAUCGUCAUCGUUUUCCACAACGAGGCUUGGAGCACGCUCCUGAGGACCGUGUGGUCCGUCAUCAACCGGUCGCCGAGGGCGCUGCUCAAGGAGAUCAUCCUCGUGGACGACGCCAGCGAGCGAGAGCACUUGAAGCAAGAGCUGGAGGACUACGUGGAAACGCUGCCGGUGCCGACGUACGUGUAUCGGACGGAGAAGCGCUCGGGACUGAUAAGGGCGCGUCUGCUGGGGGCCAAGCACGUCAAGGGCCAAGUAAUCACUUUCUUGGACGCCCAUUGUGAGUGCACCGAGGGCUGGCUGGAACCAUUGUUGGCCCGAAUAGCCAACGACAGGAAGACCGUCGUUUGUCCCAUUAUCGACGUCAUCAGCGACGACACCUUCGAAUACAUCACGGCCAGCGACAUGACCUGGGGCGGCUUCAACUGGAAACUCAACUUUAGAUGGUACAGGGUAGCCCAAAGAGAAAUGGACAGGCGAGGAGGCGACCGAACGGCGCCCCUCCGAACACCGACGAUGGCGGGUGGUUUAUUCUCCAUCGACAAAGAAUAUUUCUACGAACUGGGAGCUUACGACGAGGGUAUGGACAUCUGGGGCGGAGAGAAUCUCGAGAUGAGCUUCAGGGUGUGGCAGUGCGGCGGUAUCCUUGAAAUCAGUCCAUGUUCGCACGUGGGUCACGUGUUCCGUGACAAGAGUCCGUACACGUUCCCGGGCGGUGUCAGCAAGAUCGUCCUGCACAAUGCUGCCAGAGUCGCCGAGGUCUGGAUGGAUGAGUGGAGAGACUUUUACUAUGCCAUGAAUCCAGGUUAG